CUAUUUUGCCGGUGCGCUCCGUCAAAGGCGGUGAGUUUCCCAGGAGCUCCGCUAGGCGAGUCUAGGAACGGACUAGCGCCGUAUGCGAGCAAGGAAGUUUUUCCGCCGCCUCAGGAAUCGCGAUCUCGACCGGCAAAGUCGAGUUGCACCACGCUGUCGCGGCAUCCAGAACUCCGCUGUCUAUCGUUUAUCUCUUCUUGGAGGUGCUCGUCUGAGAGAUCUUAAAGUCGUUCGUUCGAACUAUCCUGCGAAACUCUCAAUACCGGCACGAUGUCCGACUACGGUGACCACGACGCUGAGGACACUGGCUUUGACUACGAGCCCGCCGAGCAGGAGUACGAUGAAAAUGAGCCGGAAGACUACCUCGACCCUGAGAAUCUCGAAGCUACUGAGGGUGGCGCCGACGGCUAUGGCGCCGAGGAAUCCUAUGCGCAUGCUGUGAAUGGAGACAGAGUGGUCGUCUCGGGUGAUCCCAAUGCAUAUGCCGGGGGAAAGGUUAUGGAACAAUACAGAGAAAAGAAAGUGCCGAACGACCAGCGCACGACAACUCCCUACAUGACCAAGUAUGAGAGGGCUCGUGUCCUAGGAACCAGAGCACUUCAGAUCAGUUUGAACGCCCCUGUGCUGGUCGAUCUUGAAGGUGAAACCGACCCGCUCCAGAUCGCUCUCAAGGAACUGAACCAGAAGAAGAUUCCUUUGAUCGUGAGGAGAUACCUCCCUGAUGGAUGGUACGAGGACUGGACUUGCGAGGAAUUGCUGUAAUUGUCCGCUUGUGUUCUUUUAGAAGGUCGUUCUGAUUUUGCUUUCUCUCUAUUGUGAUACAACAUACUCUGGGUUUCCGGCAUAGCGUUGGGUGUUGGGUGUCAAUAAGGCUAAUGAUGUGGCUGAAUAGCUGCAACUUGUUCUUCUGAAAAAGAAAAGUAAAUAUGUCAGGCUCAAAAAAAUUUGGUGAUUCGUUUGUGUAGAAGAUGUGCAUUUGGCUCUGCUGUGACGACUGUUACCAACCCAAACUUCGAUAAUGUGAAAAGCGGUAGUUAUCUAUUUAAGUCUUACUACAUCCUGUCGGAAUAAUCAUGGUACCUCGUAGUCAUAUGUCCGCAUCGACUUGUUGGUACACGAUCAUACAAAAGAUCUCUAUAGCCGACCUCUUUGUAUGAUCCUUGUAGCACUCUGUACAUGUAGAGUACAUACCAUUAUGC